UUCUGCCUAAUUUUUCAAUUUCUUUUGUUUAAAAAAGGAUUUAGUAAUAGUAAUAUUUUUAAUUCUUACGAUAUUUUUUUUUAUUUAUAAAUACUGAUAAGAAAUAUUUAAUAAUAGUAAAAGAAUUAAUAAUUGUUUUAAACUAAAUGUUUUCCUUAAGGCGCUAUUAACUGUACACUUUACCGUAUGUCAAUUUUCAGUGAGAUUAAUUACUAGAAAAUAUUUAGCUAUUUAAUAAUCUAUGUACAAAAUAGUCUGAAACAUUAACCACUCAAUUUGAUCAUUAAUUUAGCACCUGAAGAAUGUUUUGUAAAAUUUUCAUAUAUUAAAAUUAUAUUGCUAGAACAUUAUGUCACGGAAUUUAAUUGUAUCCCAUUCCUUUUCGCUAAAAGCAAUUAAGACUAUUUCAUUUACCUGUAAUGAAAACCAAAUGAUUCAACAGAAAACUAUAACGAUUCAAGAACAUAACACUUGUUCUACCAUUUUAUUGUUAAUUAAAAAUAUUUAUUUUCUUUCUGUAUCAUUUCUAAGAUUUUUAUUUAAAAAUGCCAACUUUCGAGGAAAGUUUCAUGAAUUUCAAACCACCUUCGUUACCCGAAAAUCUUAGACUUUUUCCAGAUCGUGUAUCCCAAGCUUAUGCAAAUAAGACGUUAUUUAUCACGGGCGGUACAGGUUUUCUUGGUAAAGUUUUACUUGAGAAACUUCUACGGAAAUCACCGGAUAUCAAAAAGAUCUACUUAUUAUUGAGAACAAAAAAAGGCAUUGAUGCAACUCAGCGAGUGAAGGAUUUAUUUUCAACAGUGAUAUUUGAUUAUGUGAAAGAACUAAGAGGAACUGAUUUUUUAAACAAAGUGAUUCCAAUUUCCGGGGAUGUUUCUGAACUUAACUUAGGUAUUAGCGAUGAUGACCGUCAAAUUCUUACCAAUGAGGUGAACAUAGUUUUCCACGUAGCCGCUUCUGUACGCUUCGAUGAAACACUUAAAAGAGCAGUACUUUUAAAUACUAGAGGUACCAAAAUGAUGUUAGAAUUAGCCAAAGCAAUGAAUAAUCUUAAAUGUUUUGUUCACGUAUCAACGGCUUAUUGCCAUCCAAAUGAAAAAGUUUUACAUGAAAAAUCGUACCCUCCACCAAUAGAUCCUCAUAAAGUAAUUAAAAGUAUGGAGAUUUUAGAUGAUAAAACUACUGAAGUUAUUUCUAAGCAAAUUCUUGGUACUUUUCCAAAUACAUAUGCUUUUACAAAAUGUCUUUCAGAAGACUUGGUGUUCAAACAAAUGGAAUCUGGAUUGCCUUGCCUUAUUUUAAGGCCAUCGAUUAUUAUUCCAAUCUGGAAAGAGCCUUUACCAGGCUGGAAUGAUAAUAUAAAUGGUCCAACUGGUAUACUCAUCGGAGCAGGAAAAGGAGUCAUUCGAACUAUGUACUGUAACAAUACUGGAUAUGCAGAUUUUAUGCCAGUGGAUAUAGCUAUAAAUGGAAUACUCUUAUUUACAUGGAACUAUUUGGAAAAUAAAGAUAUUACCAGAAAUAUUGGACAUUUAACAUCCAGUCAAGAAUGGCAGGUGACAUGGCAAGAAAUCAUUGAUAUUGGUAAAAAUAUAGCCACUAAUGAUGUACCAUUCAAUAAAUGUAUUUGGUAUCCAGGAGGAAGUAUAAAACAAAGCAAAUUAUUUCAUUACAUUUGCGUGUUUUUUUUUCAUACUAUACCAGCUUACUUUUUGGAUGCUUUAAUAUAUUUGUCUGGAAACACACCAUGUUUAGUAGGAAUACAGGGCAGAAUUAAUAAAGGAUUCGAAGUCUUUGAAUACUAUACGAAUAAUCAAUGGGAAUUUAGGAAUGAGCAUAUUCAUCACUUAAGAAAAAUAAUGAAUGCUCGAGAAAAGUUUGAGUACACAUUGGAUGGGGAUGAAAUGGACUUAAAAAGAUAUUUUAUGAACUGUGCAAUGGGUGCACGUGUGUACAUUUUAAAAGAAAUGCCUGAUACUUUGCCCAGAGCAAGAGUAUACAUACGAAUGCUCUAUUAUGUAGACAUUAUAGCCAAGUUGUUAUUCUUUGGUUCAAUACUUAUGUUGCUGUUCAACUGGUCUGAUUCCAUCCUUGUAUCAUGUUCAAAAAUUACAGAAGGAAUAAAAAUAUUUUGUGAUUGUGUAUUAUCAUUCUUCACUUAAAAUUUGAUAUCAAUUAAGUAAUAAACAUAAUGUAUAAACAGUGCGAUUUAAAAAAAAUAAUUAUCCCCACUUUUUUGUUAAAUAAUAAUUAUUUGUAUAAGUAAAAGUAAAAUGUAUAAGUAAAGAUUUGAUUUAUUUUGAUAAACCAUAGUAAAUAUUAAAGCGUAAUUUUUAUGGGUAAAUAUCAAAAGUUAAAUGGAAAUCUACUAUUUUUUUUUUACUGUUAAAUGAAGAAUUGUUCAAAUAAAAUUUUGACUGGACAAUAACCAGUUUUAUAUUAUUGCACAUUGAAAUAUUGACACAUAAAUAAGUAUUCUUUAACAUUUCGCACCCAUCUCACCUAUAACAAAAAAUUACAUUAACUCAAAAAGUAAUAAUAUCAAACUGGUUAUCAACCAGUUUACAUUUUAUUUAGAUCAUUUAAUAGUAAAAAAUAAUAGGAGAUUUCCCUUUAACUAUGAAAGUUACCCCUAAAAUCUACCUUUACAAAUGAUUUUUUUUUAAAUAAACUAGAUAUUUACUACGCUUCAUAAAAAUAAAUACAAUUUUAAUUU